AUGAGCGGCGCGGAGCCGCUGAGGCAGCCCGAUGCGUGCCCGUGGGCCGCCGCCCGGCGCCUUCUUCCCGGCACGCGGGAGGCGUUCGCGCGGGGCUGGGAGGGCGCGGCGGCGGCGGAGCGGGCCGUGUCGUCGCUGCUGGGGCAGGCGGCCGAGCUGCUGUACCGCUCGCCGGAGAGCUGCGUGGGGCCGGCGCGGGCCGUGCGCCUGCUGCAGCUGGGCGACGGCCUCUGCGACUACACCUGGGAGAAGCUGAACACGGGCCCGUGGCGUGCGGUGGGCCGCGGCUGGCGCCAGGCCUACGCCUACGGCUGCCUCCUGCGAGCGCUCGGGCUGUGCGCGGGCGGCGGCGAAAGCGAAGGCGCGGAGGAGAAGGCGGCGCGGGCGGCGUUGCGCGCCUGUGACCUGGGGCUGCUGCUGGGCGCGCCCGUCUUGGACAACGUCCUGGGCAGGAUGGCGGACGUCCUCCGGGAGCACCUGCCGCGCCCCAGAGCGGCGGCGGCGGAAGAGCCCGCCCAGAAGAAAACCCGGCAGGACGCCCCUCUGGUCCCUGCUGUGAAAACAGAAGCCGCGAUACCGCGGCUUCGGUGCCCAUCGCUGGAACAUUUCCGCGACAACUACCUGAGCCCUCAAAGGCCACUGAUUUUGGAGGGGGUCGUCGACCACUGGCCGUGCAUGAGGAAGUGGAGCGUGGAUUACCUUCACCAGGUGGCUGGCAGCCGCACUGUCCCUGUGGAGCUGGGCUGUCGCUAUACUGAUGAAGAAUGGACCCAAAGCCUCAUGACUGUCGACGAUUUCAUCAGGCAGUACAUCAAGAAUGAGUUCCAGACCCAGACUGGAUACCUUGCUCAGCACCAACUAUUUGACCAGAUCCCAGAACUGAAGGAGGAUAUUGGCAUCCCUGACUAUUGCUGCCUGGGAAAAGAAGAUGAAGAUGACAUUGCCAUUAAUGCCUGGUUUGGCCCAGCUGGGACGAUCUCACCUCUUCAUCAGGACCCACAGCAGAAUUUCUUGGUUCAGGUCAUGGGACAGAAAUACAUCCGCUUGUAUUCUCCCGAGCAAUCUGAAAAGCUGUAUCCAUAUGAAGGCCACAUCCUUCACAACACCAGCCAGGUGGAUGUGGAAGAUCCCGACUUAGUGAAAUUUCCCAAGUUUAAAGCAACUGCAUUUCAAGCCUGUGUAUUGAGCCCUGGUCAGGUUCUGUUUAUCCCAGCUAGCUACUGGCACUAUGUACGGGCCAUGAACACUAGCUUCUCUGUUAGUUUUUGGUGGUCAUAGUUUUACUUGGGAGCAGAUAACUCUUCUGCUCAGUCAUCUCAAGUAAGGCAAAUAAAGGUGUCAACCAGUGGGAUUUGUUAAGGACUUAAAGUAAUGUGAUUAAGACCAAAGGCAGUAGCACAGACCUGUCCCUCUUUGGGCGUUAUUAAAUGGAUCUCUUAAAAUUUGUAUCAGAAUAAGACGACGUAUAUAGUAACAUUUCAGUCGUAUUGUUCUGUACUAGAAUCAUAGAACCUUAGAGUUGGAAGAGACUAUUUAGACCAUCAAGUCCAACCCCCUACUCAGUUCAAAAAUUCAGUUAAAAGUAUCUGCUUGAAUACCUCUAGCUACAUUGUGCUGGGUGCCUGCAGGUGGCAUUUUUGCAUGGCGCCCAUGCAGGCCCUGCAUGCUAUGGGUUGUCAUAUCUUGCGAAGCGAGGCAGCAGGAAUUGUUUGAGGUUAGACAAUCCUCAAAUAACCCUACAAUAAGCCGUAAGUUAUUCCAGCGUUGUCUAGUUAGCUCAUGCCACCGGGUUCAGAAAACAUGGCAAGCUGGGCACCCAAGCCCCAUGGGUGAAUUAUGUUUCUAUGCAAAUGUUCGAAGCUUCCGAGCCAAAAUGGGAAAAUUGGAGUGCUUGGUUUCAAAAGAGAACCUGGACAUAGUGGGCAUUACAGAAACCUGGUGGAACGGAGAGAACCAGUGGAAUAUGGUCAUCCCUUGAUAUAAAUUCUAUGGGAAGGCCAUACUAGGGGCGGUGUUGCUCUGUACAUCACAAAGAGGGCAUAAAGUCAAGUGGACUAGAGCACCUAAACAGGGCAGACUCUUCCACAGAAGUGCUGUGGGUGACAAUACAGGGCCCUAAAACUAUUUUAGUGCUAGGAACAUGCUAUUGUCCCCCAGACCAAAAUGCUCAGGGUGACCUUGGGAUGGAAAACAAAAUCAAGGAGGCCUGCAAAUGAGGAAGUGUUGGAAGCUCAGAGGAUGGCAACAAGGGAGAGGGCCUUUUCAGUGGUGGCCCCCCGAUUAUGGAAUGAUCUCCCCGAUGAGGCUCA